CCUUUCUUUCCUUACUUAAUUAAACAUUCGAUACAAAGGUUCUCAUCCUAGAAGGAGAGUUUGAAAACAAAAACAGAGCAUCUUUCGCAAGACGAUCUGCAUCAGAGUUACAGUCACGAGAGAUAAACUGGUAGGAGAUAGAGUUUAGGGAACUAGACAACACACUUAUAUCGUGGAUGAUCCCUUUGAGUGCAACCACCGAAGAGGUUCCUGUGAGCAGGCCAACUAGACUUUUGGAGUCUGUGAAACAGACUACGUCCUUGAAACCUGAUGAUAUAGCCAAAGAUAGGCUUGAUUUUAGUGCCAUCGCCUCUGCCAUCAAGGCUGAAGCUACAAACUGGCGAGUAUCUGAUCCCUAAAAACGGACAGUACCAUCUGGAUCUUUUGCAACCCAACCUAAACCGCUGUCACCGGAGGAGCUGAUCCAAGCAGCAUCCGAGAAACAGAUUAGAGAAUUGGUUGGUACCUGUGGAAUAUGAUGUUGAUGAGAUUCAUUCAUUGAGUUUGGACAGUCUUUAGGCGAAACAGCAUUCUUCCUGUGGCUAGGUUGAGCAGCUUGCCACUCCUUUGCCAGCUUGAUAGCUUUUAGGAUCAUAUCUGUUUCAUAAACGUACUCCACUUCUGCAACUAUUUUAUGCCUAGACAUGGGACAGUUGGACAAAUCCUUAGGCGGGAAGAUGAUUCUCUUCAAAUGUGUAUAUUAGGCAAACGAUUCUUUAGCUUCAUACUCUUACUAUCUUGGGCUUAAGUUUGGGUCAACCCCGUAACCCAACCCUUACCAUCAGUAUGGGCUCAUACGAAUAUACGAUAUCCAUAUUAUUUCAGUUGACUGCUAUCUAAAUUUAUAUUUAGCGUUGUGACGUAAUGGUUAGGACAGUUUUUUUUUUUUUUUUUUUUGACUAAAAGGACAGUUUUUUUUUUUAAAUGAGUAAAACAUAUAACUAAUUAUUUAAAAGAGUUAUCAUACUUGUACAUAGUUAAAUACCAUAGUGGAGUUAUCACGAAUUUAGUUUAAUCUUUGUGACACAGAAACAUGGCGAAUGUAUUGUUAGCCUUUUCGGUAUCAGAGCAAUAACUCAUGUUUUUCAAAGUGUGUACCAAUUCCAAUAUACCUUUUCAGCUCUCCAGCGUCCACCAUGAAAUGUGAAACAUAAUAUUCUCUCUGCAAACAUAUAAACUAGUAUUUUUGCUCAACUAAAGUUUACAUAGUGUUUAGGCUGUAACUGGUAAUUAGUAAAAAGAAUAGUUGGGAUGAAAAGAUAAUUAUUAAUAAAAUUUGAUAGAAAUGAAAUUUAUAUUUUAUUAUUUCACCACUUUUCAACCUCAAACGAUUAUUUAAAUAAAAUAUUAUCUUUCAUUCAAUGAUACAAAAUAAUAUGAAAUAAAAUAGUUUGUCAUAUAACUAAUGAAUAUUACUAACAAUAUAAAAGAAAUAAAUACUUGUAAAGAUUUUAUUCCAUAAGAGUAUAACCCAGUUUCACCAUGUAUAAACCGAUAAGAAUAUAACAGAAAAGAGCUAAACAUGGCUUUCACUAAUUUAAAACAAAAAGGUAUGCAGUUGAACACUCUGAAAAUUUUCAAAGUUAUCAAUUUGAAAGAUAAGAGUUUGAAUAUUUUGUUUUAGGAUUAGCUUCUUUUUUUAACUGCUGCCUACCAUUUUGAUUGUAAUAGUAAACUCAAAAAGACUUAUCCACCCACACACACAAUCACAAAAGAAAAAUGCUUUUGACUUAAAACUUCUUAAACUAACAAGAAAAUAAUUACAUAAUACAUACUUCAACGCACGUUAUACUACCACUUACGUGCGUCCAACGAAACAAAAAAAGAAAACAUUACAAAUUUUAAAUAAAUUAUUCAACUUCAUGCUAAACCUCACAUUGUCUCUCCUCCUCCACCAUCUCCACCACCACCGUCAACGCCCUCUCCGGAAACAAUGGAGGAAGAACGUUACCGUCAUCUCCUCCUCCUCCUCAUUGUUUCCCUCUUCUUCAUCAAAACCCAUUCCUCCUUCACUCCUUCCGACAACUACCUCAUCAACUGCGGCUCCUCCGCCGAGACCAAACUCCCCGACGGUCGCACUUUCAAAUCCGACCAGCAGUCUGUCUCCUUCCUCCAAACCGAAGAAGACAUCAAAACCUCCGUCGACACCAUCCCCGCCUCCGACACCCUCCCUUUAUACCUAACCGCCCGCAUCUUCCCCGGAAAAGCAACUUACUCCUUCUACAUCUCCCGCCCCGGCCGCCACUGGAUCCGCCUCCAUUUCUACCCUCUCCCUCACCCUCUCUACAACCUCACAGACUCCGUCUUCUCCGUCACCACCGACACAACCGUUCUCUUACACGACUUCUCCGCCACAAACCCUUCCUCCGUCGUCUUCAAAGAGUAUCUCGUCUACGCAUCCGAGAAGCUCUCUUUGUAUUUCAAACCGCACAAAGGCUCCAUUGCUUUCAUCAACGCCGUGGAGAUCAUCUCCGUCCCGGACGAGCUUGUCCCUGACUCUGCCUCCUCUGUUCCGCAAUCUCCUGACUUCAAGGGCCUAAGCAGCUUCUCUCUCCAAGUCUCUCACCGUUUAAACAUCGGAGGAGACCAAGUCUCCUCCAAGAUCGAUCCUCUCUCUCGCACUUGGCUCUCUGACAAGCCCUACAACUCCUUCCCCGAAGGCACUCGAAACGUCACCGUCGAUCCCAAGACGAUAACUUACCCUGAAGGGGGAGCCACGGAGCUCAUCGCUCCUAAUCCGGUUUACGCAUCAGCCGCGGAGAUGGCUGAUGCGCAAACCAGUGAACCUAAUUUUAACCUCUCGUGGAGCGCGAGCGUUGACUCUGGUCAUGAUUAUUUCAUCAGGCUCCACUUUUGUGACGUUGUGAGCAAGUCUCUUAACGAACUUGUCUUCAACGUUUUCAUCAACAAGUUCAUCGCGAUCUCCGGACUCGAUCUUUCGACCAAGACCAACGCUCUAGGGACGGCUUAUUACGCGGACUUCGUGCUCAACGCGUCCGCUAUCACCAACGGGACCAUCCUGGUUCAGGUCGGUCCGACGCCUAACCUACAAUCAGGUAAACCCAAUGCGAUUCUCAACGGUUUAGAGAUCAUGAAGCUGAACAACGCGGCCGGGAGUCUAGACGGGCUUUUCGGGGUCGAUGGGAAGUACAGAGGACCGAGUAUUGGGAUGUCCUCUAAGAAGCUAGCCAUUGCGGGUAUCGGUUUUGUCAUGGGUCUAACCGCGUUCUUCGGGGUUGUUGUGCUGCUUGUUAGAUGGCAGAGACGUCCUAAAGACUGGCAAAAACAGAACAGUUUCUCCUCGUGGUUGCUUCCUUUGCACGCAGGCCACUCGAGUUUCAUGUCGAGCAAGGGCGGGUCGACUACAUCGAGGAAAAUGAGUAUCUUCGGGUCGAAGAAAAGCAAGAGUAAUGGCUUCUCUAGCUUCUUCUCAAACCAAGGGUUAGGUCGUUACUUCCCCUUCACGGAACUGCAAACCGCGACGCAGAACUUCGAUGAGAAGUCAGUGAUCGGUGUUGGAGGAUUCGGGAAAGUGUACAUCGGAGAGAUAGACGGUGGGACGCAAGUGGCUAUCAAAAGAGGGAACCAGAGCUCAGAGCAAGGGAUCAACGAGUUUCAGACAGAGAUUCAGAUGCUGUCCAAACUCAGACACAGACACUUGGUCUCUCUUAUAGGGUUCUGUGAUGAAAACAAAGAGAUGAUUCUUGUCUAUGAGUACAUGUCAAACGGUCCUUUACGUGAUCAUUUAUACGGCUCUAAAGAAAACGACCCUAACCCUAUACCUACCUUGUCGUGGAAGCAACGUCUAGAGAUUUGCAUCGGCUCAGCGCGUGGACUCCACUAUCUCCACACGGGUGCAGCGCAGGGGAUCAUCCACCGUGACGUCAAAACCACGAACAUUCUCUUGGACGAGAACCUUGUCGCUAAAGUCUCAGACUUUGGACUUUCCAAAGAUGCCCCUAUGGAACAAGGGCACGUAAGUACAGCAGUGAAGGGUAGUUUCGGGUAUUUAGAUCCUGAGUACUUCAGAAGACAGCAACUCACUGACAAGUCAGAUGUUUACUCGUUCGGUGUGGUGUUGUUCGAGGUUCUAUGUGCUAGGCCGGUUAUAAACCCACAGUUACCUAGAGAGCAAGUUAACCUAGCAGAGUAUGCUAUGAACUUGCAUAGGAAAGGCAAGUUGGAGACAAUCAUUGACCCUAAGAUUGUCGGAACGAUUAGUAAAGGUUCCUUGAGGAAGUUUGUGGAGGCUGCAGAGAAGUGUUUGGCUGAGUAUGGUGUUGAUAGGCCUGGAAUGGGAGAUGUGUUGUGGAAUCUUGAAUAUGCUUUGCAGCUUCAAGAAGCUUCAGCUCAAGUUGAUUUGUCUGAAGAUAAGAGUACAAUGAAUAUUCAGGUGGAGUUUUCCGGUGAGGAUAUGCAAUCUCCGCCGCAUCCUUUGCUGUGACAUCGCCGGUUUUUUUAAGUGUGAUUCUUUGUUUGUUUGUUUAGCUUGGCUUUCAUAAAGAUGUAGGAUUCAAGAAAGCCUUUGGUUUGAUUGUUUUUUUUUUCUUUCUUAAUUGCAGUUUCAGUUUAUUUCUUUCCUUUGAUUUGAAGGAAAUGAGACAUUUUAAAAAAUUGUGAUUUUUGUUUAAAAGACAUGGGGUUGUCUUGUAGAUUAUGUUGUGUAUAAUUUUAUUUCAUCUUUUUAAUAAGUUUAUCUGUAUUUGUUUGUGAGUUUUGACAAUAUUCUCCGUUGUGUGUUUAGUAUAUAUCUGAUCUUGAUAUGCAAGUGAUAGAACUAUACAAUAAGUGUACUGUUGCUACUUGCUAGUCUCUCUUGUGAAGCACUGUUUUUAGGUUUUAUAUGAUUGUAUAAUUUGAUGUAUGAUCAGUGCAUAUGACUGGAUAAUCUCUUUGGGAAGCAUUGUUUUGCUAUAUGAUUACACAAACUCUAGAGAAUAAAUACAUUUUGCAUCAAUAAUUUUUAUUUUAGGUACGAGCAAUUUUUCAUUAUCUUGUUCAUUCAAAACCGAGAAUCCUAACCGGUGUCUUGCUACGAAUAAAUUUGAUGUAUAUAUUUUUAUGUCUCAUUGGUCAACUUGUGCGAACCAGAUUCGCCUGUCAAUCGUGAAUACAAAUAUAUUAGCUCGUCGGUUACUUACUAUAAAAGUUUUUUGUUUGUUUUUAUAAAAGUCUAGCCUACUUAUAAAUUACCUUUAUCAUUAUGACAACUAAAUUAUUUGUUUCCUCAACCACUGAUUAGAUUACUAUUUUUUUACAUUAUCACUAUGAUUCACGAAUAUCACAUUCAUUAAUAAAAUCCGCAACAGGUGAAACACUUAUAUGCUUGCAUAAGAACAAGAAAACAUGUACGUUUAAGAAUUAGUUCUGGCUUCAAAAAAACAUUUUAACGUACUUGAAUAAAAUAACAAGUCUUUUAUAUUCCUAAGUCUCCUCUGCGGAUAUUGACAAUUUUUUUUAGAAUAUGGGAAUCAUGAUGGAUGCAACCUAAUUUGGUUAUGUUUUUAAGUAUCUCAAAUCCUUUAUCAAACCUAUAAACUUCGAGAUAGAGAGAUCAUAAGCUCUCAUAAAAUUUUCGGAAAGUCUAGAAGGAUACGCUAUACGUAAUACCAUAUUGUUUGCAAAACCCAACUCACACACCAUUUGUAGAAUCGUUUCUUUUCAAAACUUACUGAAACACAAUAUUUAAAUCAUCUACAUCUAGCAUGAUAGAAAUGUCAUAAUAUGAAUGUUUUAAUCAUCUACAUAUAGCAUGACAGAAGUGUGUCAUACUUCAAAUAUGAAUGUCUAACUCAUCUAUAUCUAGCAUGAUAGAAGUGACAUAUACUUCAAAUAUGAUGUCAAAAUCAUCUACAUUUAGCAUGAUCGGAGUGUCACAUAUACUUCAAAUAUGAAUGUGUUUCAUCCAAUUUAUCCUUUGAUAAAAUCAUUUGUCUGAAUAUAUUCCAGAUUUAGAAAAAGAGAAAAAAAAAAUACUGAAUAAAAAUUUAUGGAUUUUUAUUUAUUUUUGAAAAAACAAGCGGGAAUGGGAAACCAUCCUAAUGUUUGGCAUUUAGUUUGGUCACAGAUAUUUAUUUUUUUCCUCCCAAAAUUUUCUCUAUAUAAUAAUUGAUUUUGAUAUGGAGAUGCAUCUUAUCUGCAAUAUCCACCAU